AAGUGCUGGGCCUGGGAGGAGCGGGCGGCUGAAGGAGAGUCGGGGACGGGGGCAGCGGCAAGGUAACAACGCCUGUCCCCGCUCCAUGCGCAAGAUGUUGUUGGCCGUGCUCUCCCGGGUGCUGCAAAGUCCGGCGGCUGCUGCUGCCGCCGCCGGAAAACCGGCCUCUCGAGUGAUGGUAGCAUCACGUAACUAUGCAGACUUUGCAAAUGAAGCUACAUUUGAAAUUAAGAAAUGUGACCUUCAUCGCCUAGAAGAAGGCCCCGGUACCACCACAGUGAUGACUCGAGAGGAGGGGCUCCACUACUACAAGACAAUGCAGUCCAUCCGACGCAUGGAGCUGAAGGCUGACCAGCUGUACAAGCAGAAGAUUAUUCGUGGCUUCUGCCACUUGUACGAUGGCCAGGAGGCUUGCUGCGUAGGGAUUGAAGCUGCCAUAAAGCCUACAGACCAUGUGAUAACAGCUUACAGGGCUCAUGGCUUUACCUAUACACGAGGAGUGCCUAUUCGAGAAAUUCUCACUGAACUUACAGGGCGAAAAGGAGGAUGUGCAAAGGGAAAAGGAGGAUCAAUGCAUAUGUACACCAAAAACUUCUAUGGUGGAAAUGGAAUUGUUGGUGCUCAGGUUCCUCUUGGAGCUGGGAUUGCACUGGCCUGUAAAUACUUUGGUAAAAAUGAAAUCUGCAUGGCCUUAUAUGGGGAUGGCGCAGCCAAUCAGGGCCAGAUAUUUGAAACAUUUAACAUGGCUGCCUUGUGGAAGUUGCCUUGUAUUUUUGUCUGUGAGAAUAACCGGUAUGGAAUGGGAACUUCAGUUGAAAGAGCGGCAGCCAGUACCGACUACUAUAGAAGAGGGGACUUCAUUCCAGGUAUCAGGGUGGAUGGCAUGGAUGUUCUCUGUGUUCGAGAAGCAACAAAGUUUGCUGCUGAGCACUGCAGAUCUGGCAAAGGUCCUAUUGUGAUGGAGUUACAGACCUACCGUUACCACGGCCAUAGUAUGAGUGACCCUGGAAUAAGCUAUCGCACUAGGGAAGAAAUCCAAGAAGUGAGAAGCAAAAGUGAUCCCAUUACUUUGCUGAAGGACAGAAUGGUCAACAAUAACCUGGCUAGCAUUGAAGAAUUAAAGGAUAUUGAUGUGGCAGUAAGGAAGGAGAUUGAGGAAGCAGCUCAGUUUGCUACCACUGACCCAGAGCCACCACUGGAGGAGCUCUGUCACCACAUCUACUUCAAUGAGCCACCCUUUGAAGUGCGGGGCCCAAACCAGUGGAUAAGCUACAAGUCUACCAGCUAAAGGACUUUAUACUGUCAUAAUUUAUUCAUAAGUGAAUAUAUUUACAGGAACUUAAAUCAUGGGAUAGCUAG